AUGGAGGUGCUGGUCCUGGCCGGAUACAUGAGCGCGCAGAAAGAGGACGAGCUGAGUCUGGCGCCCGGGGACGUGGUCUGGCAGGUGUGCAAGGGGCCCGCACGGGGCUGGCUGCGCGGAGAGCUGGGGGGCCGUUGUGGCCUCUUCCCCGAGUGCCUGGUGCAGGUGAGACCCCUGAGACUCCGCGGUUCGGGGGAGGCGCCGAGACCGCGCUGUGCGGGCCGCCGAGGUGAAAGCCAGGGCUGUGGGCGGGCGCGCGCAGCUCCCCCCUCCCCAGGUGCUCCAGAUCGCCGAGACGGAAGCGGCUUUGGGCGGGACUGCGUGGCCUCUGUGCGGCCCGUGAUUGGUUCUCGAGUACAAUGCUCCGCCUUUGGGCGGGGCCUGGAGGUAACAAGGGGUCACCCCGUCGAAUCUCCGGGACCCCAAAGAUGGUGCAAAGUGAACUUCAGCUACAGCCCGGAGCAGGCGGACGAGUUGAAGCUGCAAACUGGGGAGAUUGUAGAAGUGAUAAAGGAGAUUGAGGAUGGCUGGUGGCUGGGGAAGAAGAACGGGCAGCUGUGAGCCUUCCCAUCCAACUUUGUGGAGUUGCUGGACAGUGGGCCCCCAAGCCUUGGUAACCCAGACAUGCCUUCAAUCAACCUUGGUCCCCAGCGGCCUCCCAAGCUGAGCAUCCUGACCUAUGACAGCCCUCCAGACUACCUGCAGACAGUCUCCCACCCUGAGACCUACAGGGUCCUGUUUGACUACCAUUCCGGGGCCCCAGAGGAGUUGGCGCUGCGGAGGGGGGAUGAUGUGAAAGUACUGAGGAAGACCACAGUGGAUAAGGGCUGGUGGGAAAGAGAGUCUCAAGGCAGAAGAGGACUUUUCCCAGAUAACUUUGUGCUCCCACCACCCCCAAUCAAGAAGCUGGUCCCAUGGAAAGUGGUAUCCUGGGAAUCAGCUCCUAUUAAGGAACCCCAAAAGAUGAUACCCAGAACAGCCCUCCCUACGGUCAAGAAGCUGGUGACAGCCCCGACUGGGCCAAGCAAAGCCAAGCCAUCUUGGACACCCGGUGGAGACGGUCUGAAGCGCCCUUCCCGAAACUCCAGCUCCAGCAGCAGUUUCCUCAGUGGGUGUCCAGGCCAGAGUCGCAGAAAGCGAGCCAAAACCCAGGCUUCACAGCAACACUCUGCAGCCAGUCAGGGCGAAGAGCAGAGCAGCCUAACAAAGGCCCUGGGGGCUGCUCGUGUGAAUAAAACCCCAACUCUGCACAAGACCCCCAGCCUAGAGAAGACCCCAUCUCCGGAUAAGGCCGGCAGCCCAGAGAAGACCUCAUCUCUGGACAAUGCCCGCAGCCCAGAGAAGACCUUGUCUCCAGAUAAGGCCCCCACUCCAGAGGAAUCCCUAACUCCAGAUAAGGUCCCUAUCCUAGAGGAGACCCCAACUCUGGAGGACAAAGCCCCCAGACCAGACAGGGUCUUUUCUGUGCAUGAGGCCCCAGUCCCAGAAGUCCCACCUGGUCCAAAGAUGGCCCCUCCUGGGGACGAGGCCCACACCCUAGGAAAGGUCUUGACCACCAAACAGGUGCUCUCUGAAGAGGCCUCCACCUGAGACAACACUCAGUUCUAUCACUUCUCUCUGGAGGAAGCCCUGCUAAAGGCCAGGUCUCUUGAGGCCAGUGAGGCUCAAUCCCAAGAGGAGGUUCACAUGCCAGAGGGGCACCCCCUCUGCAUGGUGAAACGUCCCCUGGAUAAGAGGGACAGCUCCCCUCUCCAGUCCGAGUCCAAGUCCAAGUCAGGGUCCAUGGCUGCCCUUGAGAAGGCCUACCCCCAGGAAGAGGCUACCACUCUCCUGGAGGAGGCACCAGCGAAGGAUGAGGCUACCCCCAAAGAGGAGGUGUCCCCCGAAGAGGUAUUCCCUGCUCAGAAGAAUCCACAUCCUAUCGUGCUGACUCCAGAGCCCCAAAUGACUCCCACCCUCCACUCCUUGGUCCCGCAAAAUCUCACAGAUAGCAAAAGUGACAGAGACGACAUGGUGAGGAUAAAGGACGAGGUGGAGGCUUUAAGGAGGUCGCUGGAGCUGACUGACAUCUGGGAGGAGCUGAAGAGCGAGAGGGAGAAGCGCGUGUUGCUGGAGGUCCAGAUGACGCAGAGGACCCAAGAGUCCCGGAACCUGGGCUCUAUCCAGGCGCAGACGCAGACACACUGAGGGUGGGCCCGGGAGGGACUACAGCGGGACCUGGAGCGAAGUCGGGCUCCGGCCACCCACGUCCUUGCACACGAUUUUGGGAAACGCAAGGAAGUAAACUCU